CUUAGCUUAAAUUUGAUCAUGAAGAGUAUUAAAAAGUGAAAAAAAGAAUGGGCUGCAGAGUGGGUUUCUUGAUUGGGGUCUUCUUGACACUGGGGCUGCUGGUUUGGGAGGUGUCAGGCGUGGGGGUGAACUGGGGGACGAUGUCGUCGCACCAGCUGCCACCGCGCAGAGUCGUGAAGGCGUUGAAGGACAACGGGUUCGACAAGGUGAAGCUGUUCGAGGCGGAUGCCGAGAUCCUGGACGCCCUCGCGGGGUCUGGCAUUGAGGUCAUGUUGGCACUGCCCAACCUGAUGCUGCAGGAGAUGAGCCAAGACCCCGGUGCUGCCUCUGCUUGGGUGGAGGCCAAUGUCACCCGCUAUUGCUGCUCUCCUGGGGGUGUCAAAAUCAGGUAUGUUGCAGUUGGAAAUGAGCCAUUUCUCAAGACAUACAAUGGGAGCUUUGUCUCUUACACAUUGCCGGCGCUGAGAAACAUUCAAGAAGCCAUAAACCAAGCCGGGCUAGGGACAGAGGUGAAGGCCACCGUCCCCUUCAAUGCCGACAUUUACUUCUCUCCGGACUCAAACCCCGUCCCGUCCGCCGGAGAUUUCCGGCCCGAAAUACGCGACAUCACAAUCCAGGUCGUCCAAUACCUGACCCAGAACGGCGCCCCAUUCGUCGUCAACAUCUACCCCUUCCUCAGCCUCUACAGCAACGCCUACUUUCCCGUCGAGUUUGCGUUUUUCGACGGGUUGAGCAAGCCCGUCCGGGACGGCGGCAUUGCGGUUUACACCAACGUGUUCGACGCCAACCUCGACACUCUCAUUUGGGCGCUAAGGAAGGCGGGGUACCCCAACACGAAGGUCGUGAUCGGGGAAGUCGGGUGGCCCACAGACGGGGACGAAAAUGCGAAUGCCCAAAACGCGAUGCGGUUCAACCAGGGGCUAAUCCGUCAUGCUUUGAGCGGGGAAGGGACCCCAAUCAGGAAGGGACAAAUUGAUUUCUACCUCUUCAGCCUCAUCGAUGAGAAUGCAAAGAGCAUCGCUCCCGGGAGCUUCGAGAGGCAUUGGGGGAUUUUCGAGUUCGAUGGGAAGCCAAAAUACGAGCUGGACUUAUCGGGUAAGGGGGCAAAAAACAAAGGGCUUGUGGCAGUAGAAGGGGUGGUGUACAUGCACAAGAGAUGGUGCAUUUUGAACCCGGAGGUUGAAGAAAUAUCGAAUGACGAUGAGCUGGCAAGGAACGUGGACUACGCGUGCAGUCUCUCGGACUGCACGGCGUUGGAGUACGGGUCCUCGUGCAAUCACCUGAGUGCGCGAGGGAACGCUUCGUAUGCCUUCAACAUGUACUAUCAGUUCAAGAACCAAAAUGAGUGGGAUUGUGACUUCUCUGGGCUGGCGGUUGUCACGGACGUGGACCCAUCAGACGAGGAGUGUCUCUUCCCAGUGAUGAUCACUGAAGCCCACUCUGUGAUGCUCCUGCACAAGAGGCUUUUGUACAUUUUGCUGGCCAUUGCUGAGGGCUGCAUAGUCUUUUUGCUUCUUGAGUGUGAAACUGAGGAUGAAGGCCUUGACGAAGUGGAUGAGGAUAUUGAGCAAGAUCAAGAUCAUGAGCAAGAAGUACCGACAGAGGAGGAGCCUAUUGUCAAAGCAUCUGUUGUAGUUUUGGCACCUAAAGAAUCACAAAGACAGCUUUCCAAAAAGAAAUUGAAAAGAAGGAACUCGAAGAACUUGAAGCUAUGCUUGCAGAAUUUGGGUGCAACCAACCUGAGGAAAUGGAUGGUGCACCAGAAUGCAAAAAAGAAGAAAAAGAAACCGAAGGAGGCCAAAGAGCAACGAAACAGUGUUGAGGUUGUCGACGACAAAAAUGGGACUGAGAAAGAGGAAGCUGAAGAUGCUGUGGGUGUUGAUGUGAAGAAGAAGAUCAAGAAAGUACAGUCCGUGAGGAAAAAGAAGUCAAGCAAAGAGAUGGAUGCUGCUGUCAAAGCUGCCGCUAGUGAGGCUGCUGCUAGGAGGGCAAAGGUAGCUGGUGCUGCUAAGAAGAAAGAGAAGAACCACUUCAACCAACAGCCAUUGCGUUGUUCCUUCAUCAUGACUCCAAGGGUUGAAGAACUGCAUUUCCCCGGCCUUGAGAUCCCCAUAACCAUCGAUAGGGUAUCCCCUGUCCUACCAGCAGGCCCCAUUCCGGUAGGCCAUGGGGAUACCCUAUACCUCUCAAACCUCGAUGAUAUGGUGGGGGUCCGCGUCUUUACCCCAACCGUGUACUUUUACCGGCCACCAAGUGACCCGAAACCGGUGACGAAAACCCUUGAAGAUGCCCUUGCAAGGGUACUAGUCCCUUACUAUCCUUUUUCGGGUAGGUUACGGGAGUCUGGAAACGGGAAACUAGAAGUGUUUUUCGAACCAAACCAAGGGGCUGUUCUGGUUGAGGCACAUUCAGAAAUGAGUUUGGGGAGUCUUGGAGAUCUCACUGUGCCAAAUCCUGAUUGGAAGGCUCUGAUCUACAGCUUCCCAAGUGAGGAACACUACAAAGUGAUUGAUAUGCCUUUGCUGAUUGCACAAGUGACACAAUUCAGAUGUGGUGGGCUCAGUCUUGGGCUAAGGAUGUGCCAUUGCCUUUGUGAUGGCAUUGGGGCCAUGCAGUUUCUUAAUGCAUGGGCUACCACUGCUAGAGAAGGUUCUGUCAUUCUAAGGCCCAACCCCUGUUGGGACAGAGAGUUUUUCCGGGCGCGGGACCCACCGAGGGUCGAAUACCCGCAUCUAGAGUUCAGGAGAACCGACGACGAGUCGAGUUUGACUAGGAGUCUUUGGGAGACAAAGCCCGCCCAAAAGUGUUUUCGGGUUACCCGAGAGUACCAGGCUUUGGUUAAAAGCCUGGCUGGGGAUUCGUUGUUGACCACAUUUGAUGCCAUGGCGGCUCAUAUAUGGCGGUCGUGGGUCCGGGCCCUCGACGUGAAGCCCCGCGACUACGGGCUUCGGCUUACAUUUGCCGUCAAUGCACGCCAGAAGCUUAAGAACCCACCGUUGAGGGAAGGGUUUUACGGCAACGCGUUGGGUGUGGCGUGUGCCACAAGUAGUGUGAUUGGGCUUCUUAAUGGGCCUCUGGCACACACGGCCCGGUUGGUUCGGGAGGCCAGGUUGGCGGUCUCAGAGGAGUACCUAAGGUCCACAAUUGACUACAUUGAAGUGGACAGGCCUAAGAAGCUUGAGUUUGGAGGGAAGUUGACGAUAACCCAAUGGACCAGAUUUUCGUUAUACGAAUCCGCGGACUUCGGUUGGGGAAGGCCCAUUUAUGCCGGCCCAAUAGACCUGACUCCAACCCCACAAGUCUGUGUGUUCUUGCCAGAAGGGAGGGAAGAUUGUGAUGGGACAAUGCUUGUAUGCAUUUGCCUCCCAAAAUCUGCAUGCAAUAAAUUCAAAGAGCUUUUGUACAACUUCUAAGGACGUGUUUGGUUGGAGUGGAGGAGAUGGUAUGGAAACAAAGAGAUGGGUUGAAUUUUAACACCAUUUCAACACCAUUAAUAGGGGUACACGGCUGAAUUAUUUGGAGGGCUAAUGCCCUAUAGGCAAUAUUUAAUGAAAUAAAAUAAUAAAUGAAACACAAAGUCCAUA